ACCACACCAUCUCUCACGCUUUGUUGAAACUUUCCUUCUUCCUUUUCUCUCUCUGUUUCUCCUCUCUCCAUCUCCAUGAUCUCCUCCUCCACCAAAACCUGAAAAAAUCUCAUACUUUUCCCAUGCCUAAUCCUCACUACUAGUCCACCAUGAAUGGAAUUGACCAUAACUCCAUUACCCACUUCCCCAAGAGGCCUAAGCUUUCUGAUUCUUUCAUUUCCCCCACUGAAAUCCAAUCUGAAUUCUCCCACCACUCCCCCUCCGUAGCCCGCAUCAACAACGGCAGCUUUGGAUGUUGCCCCAAGAGCAUCAUCUCUGCACAGAAAAGGUGGCAGCUUGACUACCUUUCUCAGCCGGAUGAGUUUUACUUCAACAAGUUGAAGACUGGAAUUUUACAGUCUAGACUUGUGAUUAAAGACCUGGUUAAUGCUGACCAUGUUGAUGAAAUCUCCAUUGUUGAUAAUGCUACAACUGCGGCGGCUAUCGUUUUGCAGAGUGUUUCUUGGGGGUUUUCUCAGGGGAGGUUUGAGAAAGGGGAUGCUUGUGUGAUGCUUCACUAUGCUUAUGGCGCUGUGAAGAAGUCUGUGGAGGCUUAUGUGACUCGUGUAGGUGGGUUUGUUAUUGAAGUUCAAUUGCCUUUUCCUGUUAGCUCUGUUGAUGAAGUUGUUAGUGAGUUUAGGAAGGCUUUAGCGAGAGGGAAAAAUAGUGGGAAAAGAGUUAGAUUAGCUGUGAUUGAUCAUGUGACUUCUAUGCCUAGUGUUGUGAUUCCUGUAAAAGAAUUGGUUAAGAUUUGUAGGGAAGAGGGUGUGGAUCAAGUGUUUGUGGAUGCAGCUCAUGGUAUCGGUUGUAUUGAUGUUGAUAUGAAGGAAAUUGGAGCUGACUUUUAUACUAGUAAUUUGUAUAAGUGGUUCUUUUGCCCGCCUUCGGUUGCGUUUUUGUAUUGUAGAAAGGCUAAUGAGUGUAAUGAUUUGCAUCAUCCUGUGGUGUCUCAUGAGUAUGGAAAUGGGUUGGCUAUAGAGAGUGCUUGGAUUGGGACCAGGGAUUAUAGUGCCCAAUUGGUGGUUCCUCAAGUUUUGGAGUUUGUUAAUAGGUUUGAGGGGGGAAUUGAGGGAAUCAAGAAGAGGAAUCAUGAAGUUGUUGUUGCGAUGGGGGAGAUGUUGGCAAAUGCAUGGGGAACGCAUCUUGGGUCUCCUCCAGAGAUGUGUGCGAGCAUGAUCAUGGUUGGGUUGCCUGCUUGUUUGGGGAUUUCAUGUGAGUCUGAUACCCAAAAGUUAAGAACUCGCUUGAGGGAUAAGUUUUCUGUGGAAGUACCUAUUUAUUAUCGGCCGCCAAGAGAUGGGGAGGUUGAUACGAUUACAGGGUAUGCAAGAAUUUCUCAUCAAGUUUACAACAAACCAGAUGAUUAUUACAAGUUUAGAGAUGCAAUUAACGAACUGGUCAAUGAAGGGUUCACUUGUGCGCUUUUCUCGUAGUU